UUAUAUAUUUAAUAAAGAAGUUAAGAAACUAAUAAAAAAGCAUGUGAGGAAAUCAAGGGUUUUGCCCCGGUAUGCUAAAAACAAAAGAAAGGAUUACCACAAGUACUUAAAUUACCUAAACACCCUCACUAAAAACCCUCAUAUCCCCGAUGUGACACCCAAGACCCACAAAGGGUAUUAUCGACAUUAUGCUCCAGCCCUUGAUCAGCGAACAGGUGGCUGAAAACAUUAUCCAAUGGUAUUUCGGUAAUAAUGUCACAAAUCAAAGGGCAAUAAACACGGGCAAAUUUCUAUAAAGUCAAGGAGUGCAGGCUGCCCACAUUUCCCCUCAGGCCCUCUUCUCCCCUCCCCCAUUUCUCUCUCUCUCUAUAAAAUCCCUUUCUCUCUCUUCUCCGUCCUCCCUCCUCCGCUCAAUCCACCGCUCACGGCGGCGACGCCAAUCCUUCCGCCGUCUAUUUCCUCCAGAUCCACCGGUUACGGCCCAGAUUUAUAAUUUCCGAUAAUCACGUCUCGCUAUCAAUAAAUCUGUUCGUCGAUAUUUUUUCACGAAUUCUGAAUAAUUCUUUUUUUUAUUUCUUUUAAUUGAAAAUGCAUCUUCUUUAUUGGCUCUCGUCGUUUCUGAACUGUACUUGUGAUUCCUGAAGUUUUAACUUUUCUCUCUCUCUUUUUUAUUUUAUUUUUUUCCUUUUAAACCGUUUGGCAGUUUCCCAUUUUCAAUUUUUUCUUGGUCCUUUGCGCGUGAAUUUACCAUUUUACCCUUCCGAAGGCUCUCGCUGACGUGGCGUUCAGUGUUUUUACCUUUUUACCCCCGAUUCAAAUUAUCCGACGGUCACGAUGAGUUACCACCCCCGCAGAAUACUGACCCCUGGCGCUUCCACGUCACGGAAGCGUAAAGAGAUGGAGGCGUUCCAUCCUUCCACGUUACCGAAACCGUUAGUUCCGCAAACGUCCGUCAGUCGGGCCGUUAGUGGGAAGUUAACGAAGCCGUAUAAGGCAGCCGAGCAGCAGCCGGUGUCGUCCAAUCGGCUUCUAGCUGGUUACAUGGCAUACGAAUUCCUGACAAAGGGAACGCUGCUCGGGCAGAAGUUCGACCCGGCCCGAGCCGAGGCUGUGCCGGUGAACCAGCCAGCCGAUUCGAAGAAGAACAAGCAUAGCCAUAGCCAUAGCCAGCCGAGUAAGGAAGCCGAGCCGAGUGGGAAGUCGUCGAAGCCGCAGAGCUAUGCUGAGGUGGCGAACUUGCUGAAGAGCGACGGGGUCCACAUUCCUGGAGUAGUCAACCCCGCGGAAUUAGCCAGGUGGAUUCAGAUGUAGUCUCUUUUCCACACGUGGAAGAAAGCCAUUGGUUGUAGUUUGGUGGUCCACGUGAUGUUCGUGUAGCUGCACUGUAACUGUAGAAAUAUCCUGUACGUGAAGCUCAAAUUCUCUCUCUCUAAACAACGAAAUGCAACCUUGAAAAUCUGAUUCUGCUUUUCUUUUUUGUUGA